AUGCAAAGCCCAAACGAGUGCACUCGUGCGGCCGUGACACUGUCCGUAGCCUUCCUGCUCAUGUUUACAUCGUACAACGGCAUUGAGAGCUUGCAAACGUCCAUUAUUCCUGGAGAAUGCCAUGGCUGUACGGAAGGAACCUUGACGGGGAUAUGCCAAGCUGGAAACGUGUGCCAAGCCAAAGUCAAGUUUGCGUGUGACGAUGCAUGUGAAAGCCCAUUCACCGAAUGCCACUCCACGUUGGGAAACACGAUUUUGGGUGUCGUGUACCUAGCAUUCACGCUCAGUGCGUUCUUUGGUCCCGUCGUUCCGAAUUACCUUGGCAUGAAGCGUAGUUUGUUUGGGGCAUCGUUCACGUUUGCACUGUUUGCGUUGGCGAACCUAGUCGUCGCAUGGACCCCAAACAGCCAAGGCUCACACCCUGGCAUCAUGUUGACCGCGGGAGUCUUGCUCGGGCUUUCUGCUUCAGUGCUAUGGAUUGCUCAAGCCAGCUACCUCACGGAGCUCAGUGUCAUUUACGCGACGUUCAAAGCCGAGCCGGUGAUUAGCUCGAUGGGGUACUUCAAUGGCAUUUUCUUUGCCAUUCACAACGCGAGCGGGAUCACUGGCAACUUGAUCUCGUCGCUUGUGUUGGACUUGUUUCAAUGGCACAAAACAAGUCUCUUUCUUAUUUACACUGCGCUGGGGCUGCUUGGAACGGCCAUGUUCUUGCGGCUCCCUGAGCUUUCGCGACAGCAAGUGUCGACAUUAGCCGAAAGGGGACAACCGAAUGGCCCAGUACCAGUGUUCUCCGUUGCUAUGCUAUGGACAAUCUCCAAGGACAGUCGAGUGCUGAUUUUGCUUCCCAUGUUUCUCUUUGGGGGGGUCAUGCGGGGGUUUACAAUGGGUGAGUUCACGUCCAACUUUAUCCGCGAGUCGCUGGGCAGUGCAUCCAUCGGCUACAUCAUGACGGUGUUUGGCACUGUGAACGUGCUGGGGUCGUAUGGGUUUGGAAAGCUCACCGACAGGUUUGGCCCCCACCUGGGCAUUUCCAUCGGAUAUGCGUCGCUGAUGGUCGCGUAUUUCAUGUGUUUCACCUUCGAAGUUGCCAAAUGCGACAACCAAUGGUUCCUUGUGCUGUCGAUUGCUGUGUUGCUGGGCGUGGGUGACUCGAUGGUUGUGGGCCAAGAGUUUUCGUCCGAUGCCGUCAAUGCGUUUUCGCUUGUCAAGGCCUAUCAAUCUGGCGCCACUGCUGCCUCGUUUUUCUUCUUCAAGUACAUGAGUUUCAACGCACGAGUGGCGCUGUUGAUGGGCAUGGUGGUCACUGCUGCUUUCACGUUUGUAGUUUACUACCGCAAAUUUCGCCGAGUUUCGAGCGAGGUGUAUCUCGCCUUUGACAAUCAGACGUAA